GUCACUUUGUAGCAAACGAAACACAACAGCUCAAACCAACUCGAAUAAAAUUUACAUUGCGUGUUCCUGCUCUGCAAAUUAUUUCCAAUCCUCUUUUGCUGGAGUGAAUCGAAUUUCUGGCAACCCAAAGCAUUUCCUACCUACAUUAUCCAAUCAGUAUGGCCGACGUAGAGCAGCCAGAAGCUGGGCCCAGCGAACCCCAGGGACGCGAGGUGACAUACUGCGGAGUGUGCUCAUUACCCCCAGAGUACUGUGAAUAUGGAGGCACCGUCAAGAAAUGCCAGGACUGGCUGCAAAAACAUAACCAGGAGAUGUACGACAGGAUCUGGUCGCCCGAGGCCCUCCAGGCUGCAACGGCCGCAUUGUCUGUCGAAGCACAACAACGGGCCGAGAAGGACGCAAAGAAGAAGGCAGCCAAGGCUGAGGCCGCCGAGGCUAAACAUGCCGACAAGCUCAAGAAGAGUGUUGUCACCGUUAAGAGGAUCGAGCGAAACAAGCGCAAAUAUGUCACCAGCGUCUCGGGUCUGGAGUCUUUCGGGCUUGAGUUGAAGAAGGUUGCAAAGGAUUUUGGAAAGAAGUUCGCUACGGGUUCCUCUGUCACCAAGGUCGCAUCCGGCGGCGAGGAGAUUGUGGUGCAGGGAGAUGUUAGCGAAGAGAUCAAAGAGUUCAUCGUCGAGAAAUAUAAGGAUGUGCCAGAAGACAACAUUGAGCUGGUCGACGACAAGAAGAACAAGAAGAAGGAGGCUGCCACUGCCGCUGGUUAAUGGUUGUAGAAUAUUUUAUGAUGGGAGCUGGCAAUGAAGGUACGAUUACGAUGAUGACAUUCACGGGGUGAUGCAACCUCACUAUGUGGCAGAAAGUCCGGUCCAGGAAACGCCAGAGGUCAAAAGCACUGAAGGCCUGAACAGCAAAAACAUGGCUACAUUCACAUAGACGGCUUUUUGCCAUGGAAUCUCCCCUAGUUUGGUGCAGCCGCUAGGAAAAGCUUAUACGUCGGCCAGUCGCCUGAAAGGGUGACCAGGACACCAGGAUUCAAAAAGACGGGUCAAUAUGGAAGCUUACAUAGGCCAUCAUUGAAGGGGACCUGCUCAAAGCCA